GGACUUGAAAUUUUCACUUGAGGAUCAAAAACAGAGAAAUAUUCAACUAAACCUACUUUUGGAAGAGCAGAGACAACUACUAAAUGAAUCACGGCAGAAAACAGAAUCACAGAGAAUGCUAUAUGAUGCCCAAUUAUCAGAAGUACAAGGCCGAAACUUAGAGCUUCAAGUACUUCUUGAGUCUGAAAAAAUUCAAAUUCAAGAAAUGAGUAGUAUUCUAGAUAGGGAACGGGAGUUCCAUGCACAGCUACAUAGCAGUGACAGUAGUGGGCAGCUUCGGUCAUCAUUACCCUCAGAUGACCUACUUAUAGAGCUACAGAAACAGCUGGAGGAAAAACACCGUCGUAUAGUAGAGUUGUUAAAUGAAACUGAAAAAUACAAACUGGAUUCUUUGCAAAUGAGACAGCAAAUGGAAAAAGAUAGACAGGUUCACAGGAAGACRUUGCAGACAGAACAGGAGGCCAAUACUGAGGGGCAGAAAAAAAUGCGUGAGCUCCAGUCCAAAGUUGAAGAUCUUCAGCGCCAGCUGGAGGAGAAGAGGCAACAAGUUUAUAAGUUAGACCUUGAAGGAAAGCGAUUGCAGGGAAUUAUGCUGGAAUUUCAGACGCAAGAACUAGAGAGAGAAGAAAAAGGAAGUAGGCAAAUUCUGUAUCAGAAUCUUAAUGAGCCAACCACCUGGAGCUAUGCUCGAACGAGGAAUUGGGUUCUUCAGCAAAAAAUAAGAGAGACCAAAGAAUCCAAUUACCCGGAGAUGAAUGGAGGAGAAGGUGAAGAGCCUACCUUAGUAUUACCAGGUACUUCUGGGUGUUCAUUGACUGAAAGACUACUCAGACUAAAUACUGAACUGACAGGAUAUAUCAGCCAACUGACUGAAGAAAAGAAUAAUUUGAGGAAUGUGGUCGUGAAGAUGGAAGAGCAGUURAGGCGCUGUCAACAGACAGGAACUGGUGGAGAUUAUUCUUCUAGGUUUUUAUUCUGUGGUGAUGCCAACCUUGAAGCCAUUAUUGCUUCUGAAAAAGAAAUAUGGAACAGAGAAAAAUCAGCUCUUCAGAAAACCUUAAAAAAAAUGGAAGCUGAAGUAUAUAAACUGAAAGCUGAACUGAGAAAUGACACUUUACUUCAGAAUCUGAACACUGAUUCUGAAAACGUCUCAUUAAAGAGGACUUAUGGUAAAUACUUGAGGGCAGAAAGUUUUCGRAAAGCUCUCAUUUAUCAGAAGAAAUACCUGCUGCAAUUAUUGGGCGAAUUCCAAGAAUGCGAGGAUGCAACCAUAAUGCUGCUUGCCCGGAUGGGGGGUCAGCCAGCCUUCACCAAUCUGGAGUUCAUCAGCCGCCCAAAGGGCUUAUCCAGAUUUCGUUCAGCUGUCAGAGUGUCCAUUGCAAUUUCACG